AUGGAGAAAUCAAAGUUCAAUGAUGGCCCGAUAGAGGUUGUGCCUUUCAUGAUGCCAAAACUAGUGGUGGAAGACAAGAAAUGCCAAAGGAAAGUUCUGAGGGGGCAGAAAAAGAUCAACUGGAACAAGGUUAACCAACAACUUGCGAAGUUGCCUCUAGAGCGCAAGGAGAAAGAGAGGCAUCGUUUGGAGGAAAAAGAACGCCAAGAGCUUGACAGAUGGCACAAGGAGGAAGAAGAAGUGGCCCAUGCAAUGGAGGUUGAGCGCCAGCGCCAACAGAGAGUAGGUCAUGGGUAUCCUGAUCAUGAUCCUAAAGAGGACGAGGAUGUACCACCUGAUAGAUUUGGCUCGGCUUGUACUUUGGAUGAGGUUGAGGAUUUUGGGAGGUGUUUGAGACUUAAUGGGUUGAUAGACUUCAAAACUGGCAGUUUGUUUUAUACGUGGAAUAACAAACAAGAUGGAGAGAAUAAAGUUUGUUCUAAUAUUGAUAAGGUUGUGGUCAAUGGUGAAUGGGUGGAUGAUUUCAAGCAUUUCUCUGCUGAUUUCUUACCAGAGGGACUUAUGAAUCACAGCCCAUGUUGUAUGAGACUUUUUGAUGUUUGUGGGAUUAUUAAGAAACCUUUCUGGUUUUUUAAUAUGUGGACAGAGGCUCCUGGUUUUCUUGAUAUAGUUAGGAAUAAUUGGAAUAGAGGGGUGCAAGGUACUGCUAUGUUUAUUAUGACUCAGGAGUUGAAGGAUCUGAAAAAGAGUCUUAAAGAAGUUAACCUGAAAUAUUUUUCUGAUGUGGAGAGUACUGAUAUUGCUGCUCAGAAGGAACUUUCUAGGAUUCAGAAACAGUUGAAUAAAGAUCCGAGGAAUGAUAACCUUAUCAGGGAUGAACUUGUGGCUAGGAUGAGGUAUAGUGAGGCUCACAAAGCUAGAUAUGAUUUUCUGAAACAGAAAGCUAAAGUGAAAUGGCUUAAGGAAUUAAGUGUAGCUAAUGCUUUUGUUAGUUAUUAUAAGGGUCUGUUAGGUAUUGAUCAGGGACAGGUUAAGGACAUUCACCCCACUGUUAUUACUGUUGGCCUUGUUCUGCCUAAGAAUCAAAAGAUUGUAAAGGAUGAUCUAUGUAAUGCUGUUAUGGAUUUUUAUGCUCAAGGUAAGCUGUUAAAGCAAAUCAACACUACUACUUUGACCUUGAUUCCUAAGACUGCUAAUGCUGUGAAUGUAACUCAAUUUCGGCCAAUAGCUUGUUGCAAUGUGUUUUACAAAAUUACAUCAAAGUUGAUUUGUGGUAGGCUUAAAGAGGUCUUACCUGGGUUGAUUAGUGAUGGACAAGGGGCCUUUGUAGCUGGAAGAUCCAUUAUGGAUAAUAACAUGUGGGUGAUGGUUUGUGUCUCUUCUCCUUCCUUCUCUAUUAUGAUUAAUGGUGGUCUAAGUGGUUUCUUUAAGGGGGCCAAGGGAAUCAGACAGGGAGAUCCUAUGUCCCCCCUUCUCUUUGUCAUCAGUAUGGAGUAUCUUACCAGACUUCUAAGGAAAAUUGGUGAGAAGAAAGAUUUCAAGUUUCAUAUGAGGUGUAGAUCUUUAAAGCUUAAUCAUCUUGUUUUUGCUGAUGAUUUAAUGCUUUUUGGGGCUGGUAAUAAGAAGAUUAUUAUGCUCCUGGUAAAGGCUCUUAAGAUGUUUCAUAAAGUUUCUGGGCUGCAAGCUAAUCAAGACAAAACAACAAUUUAUUAUCGCAAUUUUGAUGAGGAUUUAAAAGCUGAAAUUCUUUCUGUGUUUGGUUUUGUUGAAGGUAAGUUCCCUUUUAGAUAUUUGGGAAUAGCACUUAAUUCCACUUACCUUAGAAUUGUUGAUUUUGAUGUGUUAGUUGAUAAAAUGAUGGCAAACAUCACCUGCUGGACUAGUAGAAGUCUCUCUUAUGCUGCUAGGGUUAUUCUUAUUAAUUCAGUCCUAAUUAGCUUUCAUUCGUAUUGGGCUCAGUGUUUACUUCUUCCUAAAGGGGUUAUUGAUAGAAUUAAUAAGCUUUGUCGUGCUUUCUUGUGGGACGGGUCUGUUUCUCUCUCUAAAGCUCCUCCUAUUACAUGGGAAUGGGUGUGGUAUUCUAAAUAG